AUAGCAUGAAGGAACUGAGACUUGUGCUUGACUGACCAAAGUCGAGAAUCGCGGGCGGAACAGCAAUGGCGGUUUUUACGCAGAACCUCAAUCUCCCUAAUUUAGCAAUUCAAACUCCUAAUUCUUCGUGGAACGUGCUCCGGCAUCCACAUUCACAAUCGGAAUUCAGAGAGAAGAGCAACUUAUCACCUCUUGGAAAGAGAGAAAUGGCCAUCGCUUGCUUCACUCGCUCCGCACUUCCCCGUGUUCUUCGUCCUCAGAAUCUCAAUUUUAGGCAUUUGUCUUCAAAUGUUACACCUCUGCCGUUUCAGCUCCCGACGAUUCAGUCCGAUGGGAUCGUGAAAAGGAGGUUUACCUGCAGGUCGAUUGCGGAUGCUGCAGGAGAAAAUUCAGAAUCGAGCGGUGUCCCGAAGUCUGUGCCCGUCCGCGUCGCACACGAGCUUCUUCAGGCUGGACACCGAUAUUUGGAUGUCAGGACUCCUGAAGAAUUCGGUGCUGGUCAUCCUUCAGGGGCCAUAAACGUUCCCUACAUGUUCAGAGCUGGAGUUGGGAUGACAAAGAACCCUAAAUUUCUAGUGGAAGUAUCAUCAAAUUUUGGGAAGGACUCGGAGAUUAUUGUUGGAUGCCAGAGUGGGAAGAGGUCACUGAUGGCUGCUACCGAACUUGUAAAUUCUGGUUAUACUGGUGUCACUGAUAUUGCUGGUGGAUAUUCUGCGUGGGUACAGAAUGGGCUGCCUACAGAACUGUGAUCCUUCCGAUAAUUACGAGGAAAAAGACUUAGUUACAAUUUGGACAAGACAGAGCAAAGAUGACUAGUGUUUUCAAUUUUGCAGGCAUAAAUAAGUGUGUACUAGCACAAGAUGGGGGGAGGGGGUUGUCAUAACUCUGGAGGAUUCUGGAGGAUCAAGUUGGUAAAAUAUUGUAAUAGACACAGUUCCUGCAUAAGGCAUUAGCAAAGAAAGUCUUCAUUUUAAUAUGUGAUCUACAUCAAAGAGAAUAAAUAAAACAGAACCUGCUUGACGAGCUC